AUGAAGGGGUGCACCUGGGUAUUUGUGGCCACUUUGCUUUGUCAGCAGUUUUGCUUCUUCAGAGUCACAGCAGCAAAGAGAGAGAGGAAGGUGAAGAAAGAACCUAACCAGUACACAGAGCCCUUCAACACGACCCUGUCCAACAGUGAGGAGCUGCAUGGGCAUCCCAAGCUCCUGGACUCUGCAGACCCUCGGAUCACAGACCCCAGGCGCACCUGGAUCUCCUUCGUGCACCGCCCGGACGAUGGCAACACCUCCAAACGGAGAUGCAAGGGGAAAGACAAGAAAUUACGUGGCCUUGUUGGCCCUCCAGGACCUCCUGGUCCUCAGGGACCUCCAGGAGCACCUGGUGCUGAAGUCACCCGGGAAGUUCUUCUGCAGGAAUUUAAGGAGAUAUUGAAAGAAGCCAUCGAGCGUCGAGCAUCCCUGGCCAUCCCAGCCCAUCCCAGCCAGCUGCCCCCACUCCUGCUCUCCUUGGAGGAGGUUUCUCCCCACAGACGUGUAGAGGAGGCUUUUCACUGCAAGCUCAAAGGACAAGUCACUGUAGACAAGAAGACCUUGGUAGAACUUCAAAACUUCCAGUCGCCUCUGGCCAAAGGAGCUUUCCUGAGGGGCACAGGACUCAACUUGGCCACAGGACGUUUCACGGCGCCUGUGUCUGGCAUCUACCAGUUCUCAGCCAACAUCCACAUCGACCACAGUGAGCUGAAGAGCAAAGUGCAGCUCCGAGCGAGGGACAACGUCCGAGUGCUGAUCUGCAUCGAGUCCCUGUGCCACAGAUACACGUCUUUGGAAGUCAUUGCUGGGCUGGAAAGCAACAGCAAGAUCUUCACUAUCUAUGUCCAUGGCUUACUGCAGCUGCAGGCUGGCCAGUACACCUCCAUAUUUGUGGACAACAGUGCUGGAGCUCCCAUCACCAUCCAGAAUGGAUCUGACUUCAUGGGCAUGUUCCUGGGUGCAUAGCAGCAGUGGAGCAGGGCAGGGUGUGAAUCCCCACCUUGCAGUGUAUAUUUGACUCCAGAA